CGCCCGGGCCCGGGCUGGCCGCCGCCGCCUUUGGCACAGUGCUGAUGGCGGCCCGGGCCGAGCUGGCCGCGCCCUGCCGCCUGCUGCCCGCCGCCGCCGCCGGCGCCGCGCUCCGCCUGCAGCUCAGCGUCACACCGGGAGCCGACGGGCGGCGCCGCUUCCGCCUGGCGCUGCGGCGGGCGGAGGCGGGGGGCGGCGCGCCCCUGGCAGAGUGUGACCUGCGGGACGUGUCCUACCGCGUGUGCGGCCCCGCCAGCCACGAGCUGCAGCUGCCAGCGCUGGGGACAGCGCUGGGGACACCAGCAGGGACAGCAGGGACACUGGGGACACCAUCAGGGACAUUGGGGACACCAGCAGGGACACUGGGGACAGAGGCGGUGGCGCUGCGGUUCCCCGAGGAGCGCGAGGCCCAGCAGUGGUGGACGGUGCUGAGCAGCUCCCUCAGGGAGGCACGGAGAGCCGCUGAGGGUGACACGGGGACAUCUCUGGCGCCACCCUCGGGGACAUCCCUGGUGCCACCUGCGGGGACAUCCCUGGUGCCACCACCCGCGGGGACAUCCCUGGUGCCACCCGCCGAGGGGCCCGAGCAGGACACAGAGGAGGCGCAGGUCCUGGAGCUGGCACAGACAGAGGAGCUGGCCCUGCGGCUGGCCGAGGCCAUCGCGUUUGGGGACGAGGCGGUGGCGGCGCAGAGCGCGGUGGCGCUGGCCCGGCGGCACGCGGAGCUGAGCGUGAGCCUGCGCCACCGGGACCCCGGGGGCCACGUCAGCAUGGCAGUGGGGGUGGAGGACGCCACGUCCUCGGCCAGCAUCACCCUGCGGGUGCAGCCCCACGUCACCAUCGGCACCCUCAAGGAGCAGGUGUUCCGCGAGUACGGCUUUCCCCCUUCAGCGCAGCGCUGGAUCAUCGGGCAGAGCCUGUGCCGGGACGGGCGCAGCCUGGCCUCCUACGGCAUCCGCCGCGACGGCGACCCCGCCUUCCUCUUCCUCCUCUCGGCGCGGGCGGCGCUGGAACCGGCGCCGGGAGCGGGAACGGCUCCGGGAGCGGGAGCAGCACCGGGAGCGGCGGCGGGAGCGACCCCGGCCCCGGCCCCGGCCCCGGCGGGCCCCGAGCGGCAGCGGGAGCUGCAGGCACAGGAGCUGCUGCGCGCCGCGGGGCUGCACGGGGACGGGGACGGACACGGGGACGGAGCACCUGGGGCAGGCCGUGUCCCCGAGGAGCCCCCGGAGCGGAUGGACAUCGGGGACAUCCGGGAUCACCUGGACUCGCUGCAGCUCUGGGACAGCGCCGGGGCCCCGCCCACGGGCCCUGAGCCCCGCCCACCCUCACCUGAGCAGGGCUGGCCAUGUCCCCAGUGCACGUUCCUGAACAAGCCCACCCGCCCUGGGUGUGAGAUGUGCAGCGCCCCCCGGCCCGAGGGGUACCGAGUGCCCGGGGGGCACCGCCCCGACCCCGCCGAGCUGCGGCGGCUGCAGAGGUGCGCAGACGGGACCCGCAUGCCGCGUGCCAGCAGGUACUGUGGGAUCAAUGGGAUCAAUCAGUGGGAUCUAUGGGGUCAAUGGGAUCUAUGGGAUCAGCGCGACGGGACCCGGCAGUGCCAGCAGGCGCUGGAGGCGGAGCGGCAGCGGAACCUGGCGCAGCUGCUGCGGGCGGAGGAGGCGGGGCUGGUGCUGAACCCGGAGCCGCUCGAGUGCGGGAUCUGCCUGCAGGAGGUGCCGGCGGGCCGGGCCGUGCUGCUGCGGGACUGCCUGCACAGCUUCUGCCGGGAGUGCCUGCGGCAGGUGAUCAACUUCAGCGAGGAGCCGGUGGUGGCCUGUCCCUUCCGCGAUGUCACCUACGCCUGUGGCAGCCACCUGCAGGAGCGCGAGAUCCGCGCCCUGCUGUCCCCCGAGGAGCACGCGCGGUUCCUGGCCCGCGGGCUGGCCCUGGCCGAGCGCCGCAGCCGGAACAGUUUCCACUGCCGGGGCCGGGACUGCCCGGGCUGGUGCUUCUACGAGGACGCGGUGAACGAGUUCCCGUGCCCGGUGUGCGGGGCCCUCAACUGCCUCCUGUGCAAGGCCAUCCACGAGGGGCAGAACUGCCGGCAGUACCAGGACGAGCUGCAGCUGCGGGCGCUGCACGAUGCGGCCGCUCGCCAGACACGGGACAUGCUGCAG